AUGAUACAAAAUGUGAAAUUAAUGAAAUUCGGCAUUCGUGAAAAAGGAAAAUCCGGUAUUGGUGAAAAUGAUAAGAAACUUUCCAUUCCAGAUGAUGAAGAAAGCUGGACUUCUCUUGAUGACACUCUUUCAUUAGCCUCUACAACUUCUUCCAAUGAAACUGUAUUCACUUCUUCCUCUAAACCUUCCUCCUUUAAAUCCCGUGAUUUCUAUUAUGAAUUAUGUACGCAAGGUUAUUUAAAUAUAGUAGAAAAAUGUAAAUGUGGUAAAGGUGAGAAUGAGUUUCCAACGUUUUUUGAAUCAAAUUGA